UCAUCGUGGGAAGAGGUCUUUGGUUCCCGUCCGGUUCUCCCCUUCUCUCUGCCGUCCGGGGGGAGUUUUAUUGAUUUUUUUCAUCCACCGGUAUCCAAGCAAUAACAGAAGCACGUCCGGGCACCAGCUGACAUCAUGGGGGACAUGUCCAACAGCAGCGAUUUUUACGCCAAAAACCAAAGAAGCGAGAACAACCAUGCGGGGGGCUUCGGCGUCUCGGUGUUGGAGCUGCGCUCGCUCAUGGAGCAGCGUGCCACGGAGGCCGUGGUCCGGGUGCAGGAGGAGUACGGGGGCGUGGAGGGACUCUGCUCGCGCCUCAACACCUCGCCCACGGAAGGUCUGACCAGUUCCCAGGCCGACCUGGACAAGAGGAGAGAAGUGUACGGCGAGAACACGAUACCUCCGAAGAAGCCAAAGACCUUCCUGGAGCUGGUGUGGGAGGCCCUCCAGGACGUCACCCUCAUCAUCCUGGAGGUGGCCGCCGUUGUCUCCCUGGGCCUGUCCUUCUACCGGCCGCCCGGAGACACCUCCGUAGACUCGUGUGGCGCGGCGGCCGGCGGGGAAGAAGGCGAGGGGGAGGCGGGCUGGAUCGAGGGAGCGGCCAUCUUGUUGUCUGUGGUGUGCGUGGUGCUGGUGACGGCGUUCAACGACUGGUCCAAGGAGAAGCAGUUCCGCGGGCUGCAGAGCCGCAUCCAGCAGGAGCAGAAGUUCCAGGUGGUCCGAGAUGGUCAGGUGGUCCAACUGCCCGUGGCCGACCUGGUGGUGGGCGACAUCGCGCAGAUCAAAUACGGUGACCUGCUGCCUACUGAUGGAAUAUUGAUUCAGGGAAACGAUUUGAAAAUCGACGAGUCCUCGCUGACAGGAGAGUCGGACCACGUGAAGAAAGACACGGAGCACGACCCCAUGCUGCUCUCUGGCACCCACGUGAUGGAGGGCUCGGGGCGCAUGGUGGUGACGGCGGUGGGCGUGAACUCUCAGACCGGGAUCAUCUUCACCCUGCUGGGGGCGGGGACCGAGGAGGAGGAGCUGAAGGAGAAGAAAGACCAUACGGCCUCACACCCCAUCGCCACCAUCACUACGGACGGAGCCUCGGCCGGUAAUAUUGGCAAUGCCACCCUAAUCAAUGGUAAAAUGCAAGAUGGCAAUAUGGAGAUCAACCAAACGAAAGUGAAGAAGCAGGACGGGGCGGCGGCCAUGGAGAUGCAGCCCCUGAAGAGCGCCGAGGGAGGGGAGCCGGACGAGAAGGAGAAGAGGAAGGUGAACGUCUCCAAGAAGGACAAGUCGGUGCUGCAGGGGAAGCUCACCAAGCUGGCUGUCCAGAUCGGCAAAGCAGGGCUGCUCAUGUCAUCCAUCACUGUCAUCAUGCUGGUCCUGACUUUUGUCAUCGACACCUUCGUGGUGCAGGGGCUGCCUUGGCUCACCGAGUGCACCCCCAUCUACAUCCAGUACUUUGUCAAGUUCUUCAUCGUGGGUGUCACCGUGCUGGUGGUGGCGGUGCCUGAGGGCCUGCCCCUGGCUGUCACCAUCUCCCUGGCCUACUCUGUCAAGAAAAUGAUGAAGGACAACAACCUGGUGCGGCACCUGGACGCCUGUGAGACCAUGGGCAACGCCACGGCCAUCUGCUCCGACAAGACGGGCACGCUCACCACCAACCGCAUGACGGCCGUGCAGUGCUACAUCGCCGACGUGCACCACAAGGUGGUCCCGGACCCCGGGGCGCUGCCGCCCAAGUCCCUGGACGUGCUGAUGCACGCCAUCUCCAUCAACAGCGCCUACACCUCCAAGAUCCUGCCUCCGGACAUAGAGGGGGGUCUUCCAAAGCAGGUGGGCAACAAGACAGAGUGUGGCCUGCUUGGAUUGGUCCUGGACCUGAAGCGGGACUACCAGCCAAUCAGGAAGCAGAUGCCCGAGGAGCUGCUGUACAAGGUUUACACCUUCAACUCGUCCAGGAAGUCCAUGAGCACCGUGGUGAAGCAGCCCGACGGCAGCUACCGCAUGUACAGCAAGGGGGCGUCGGAGAUCAUGCUCAAGAAGUGUAACCGCAUCCUGAACGAGGUGGGCGAGCCGCGCGUCUUUCGGCCGCGGGACCGCGACGAGAUGGUGAAGAAGGUGAUCGAGCCCAUGGCGUGUGAGGGCCUGAGGACCAUCUGCGUGGCGUACCGGGACUUCCCCGCCUCGCCGGAGCCCCUGUGGGACGAGGAGGACCUCAUCCUCAAUGACCUCAUCGCCGUCAGCGUGGUGGGGAUAGAGGAUCCCGUCCGGCCAGAGGUGCCUGACGCCAUCAUGAAGUGCCAGCACGCGGGCAUCACAGUGCGCAUGGUGACCGGGGACAACAUCAACACGGCCAGGGCCAUCGCCAUCAAGUGUGGCAUCAUCCACCCGGGGGAGGACUUCCUGUGCAUCGACGGCAAGGAGUUCAACCGGCGCAUCCGCAACGAGAAGGGAGAGGUGGAGCAGGAGCGUAUGGAUAAGGUUUGGCCUAAACUCAGGGUCCUGGCCAGGUCUUCCCCGACGGACAAACACACUCUGGUCAAAGGCAUCAUUGACAGCACCAUGGUGGCGCAGAGACAGGUGGUGGCGGUGACAGGAGACGGGACGAAUGACGGGCCUGCCCUGAAGAAGGCUGAUGUCGGCUUCGCCAUGGGUAUCGCAGGGACAGACGUGGCCAAGGAGGCGUCGGACAUCAUCCUCACCGACGACAACUUCAGCAGCAUCGUGAAGGCGGUGAUGUGGGGGAGGAACGUCUACGACAGCAUCUCCAAGUUCCUGCAGUUCCAGCUCACAGUCAACGUUGUCGCUGUCAUUGUGGCAUUCACUGGCGCCUGCGUUACACAGGACUCCCCGCUGAAGGCGGUGCAGAUGCUGUGGGUGAACCUCAUCAUGGACACCUUCGCCUCGCUGGCCCUGGCCACCGAGCCGCCCACGGAGAGCCUGCUGAAGAGGAGGCCCUACGGACGCAACAAGCCCCUCAUCUCCAGCACCAUGACCAAGAACAUCCUGGGCCACGCCGUCUACCAGCUCAUCAUCAUCUUCACCCUGUUGUUCGCCGGCGAGAAGAUCUUCGACAUUGACAGCGGGCGCGGUGCCCCCCUGCACUCGCCGCCGUCCGAGCACUACACCAUCAUCUUCAACGCCUUCGUCAUGAUGCAGAUCUUCAACGAGAUCAACGCCCGCAAGAUCCACGGAGAGCGCAACGUGUUCGAGGGCAUCUUCAGAAACCCCAUCUUCUGUACCAUCGUGUUCGGCACCAUCGUGCUACAGGUUCUCAUCGUGCAGCUGGGAGGUAAACCUUUCAGCUGUGUGGCCCUGGACAUUGAGAAGUGGAUGUGGUGCGUGUUCCUGGGCAUGGGAGAGCUGCUCUGGGGACAGGUGAUAUCCACCAUACCCAAUAGCGGGCUGCGGUUUCUCCGGAGGGCGGGGCAGCUGAGCCAGAAGGACGAGCUGCCGGAGGACGACGUCAACGACGACAACGAGGAGAUCGACCACGCGGAGAGGGAGCUGAGGAGAGGGCAGAUCCUCUGGUUCAGAGGGCUCAAUCGCAUUCAGACACAGAUCCGUGUGGUGAACGCGUUCCGCAGCUCCCUCUACGAAGGCUUGGAGAAACCCGACUCUCGCACGUCCAUCCACAACUAUAUGACGCACCCCGAGUUUAGGAUAGACGACGCCACGCCCCACAUGCCCCUCAUCGACACCGCCGACUUGGGGUCCGCCCGGGACCACCUCAAGUACGGCAGCACGCCGCCGUCGCCCAACAAGAACAACAACGCCAUCGACGGCGUCGUCAACCUCGCCGUCAGCGAGAGCCAAUCAGCAUCGUCCUCCAGCCCGGCCAGUCCACUGCACAGCCUGGAGACCAGCCUCUAA